AUGUCCUCCCUCACCACCUCCAUAAACCUCCUCAUUGGCCUUCCUCUUCUCCUCCUGCCUGGUCGUUCCAUCAUCAGCAUUCUUCUCCUGAUGUAUCCCCUGCGCUCUCCCUCAAAUAUACUCGUUUCUAAUUCUAUCCAUCCUCGUCACUCUCGACGAAAACCGCAGCAUCUUCAACUCCAAACCAAACAACAUAGCUGGUCUCACUACCAUCUUGUAAACGUUCCCUUUCACGCUUGCAGAUACCUUUCUAUCACAAAUCACUCCUGCCACACUUCUUCACCCACUCCACCCUCUUCUUCACCUACUCCACCCUCUUCUUCACCUACUCCAUCCUCUUCUUCUGCACUCUCUUCUUCACCUACUCCACCCUCUUCUUCUGCACUCUCUACUUCACCCACUCCACCCUCUUCUUCACCUACUCCACUCUCUUCUUCACCUACUCCACCCUCUUCUUCUGCACUCUCUUCUUCACCUACUCCACCCUCUUCUUCUGCACUCUCUUCUUCACCUACUCCACCUUCUUCUUCUGCACUCUCUUCUUCACCUACUCCACCCUCUUCUUCUGCACUCUCUUCUUCACCCACUCCACCCUCUUCUUCUGCACUUUCUUCUUCACCUACUCCACCCUCUUCUUCUGCACUCUCUUCUUCACCUACUCCACUCUCUUCUUCUGCACUCUCUUCUUUACCCACUCCACUCUCUUCUUCUGCACUCUCUUCACCUACUCCACUCUCUUCUUCACCUACUCCACUCUCUUCUUCUGCACUCUCUUCUUCACCCACUCCACCCUUUUUUUCUGCACUCUCUUCUUCACCCACUCCACCCUUUUCUUCUGCACUCUCUUCACCUACUCCACUCUCUUCUUCUGCACUCUCUUCUUCACCUACUCCACCCUCUUCUUCUGCACUCUCUUCUUCACCCACUCCACCCUUUUCUUCUGCACUCUCUUCACCUACUCCACUCUCUUCUUCUGCACUCUCUUCUUCACCUACUCCACCCUUUUCUUCUGCACUCUCUUCACCUACUCCACCCUCUUCUUCUGCACUCUCUUCACCUACUCCACUCUCUUCUUCACCCACUCCACCCUCUUCUUCUGCACUCUCUUCUUCACCUACUCCACUCUCUUCUUCACCUACUCCACCCUCUUCUUCUGCACUCUCUUCUUCACCUACUCCACCCUCUUCUUCACCUACUCCACCCUCUUCUUAUGCACUCUCUUCUUCACCUACUCCACCCUCUUCUUCUGCACUCUCUUCUUCACUUCUCUACAACACUCUCCAUUACUUUGGACAAUUGAACCCAAGUAUUUAAAUCCAUCCAUCUUCACCACCUCUGCUCCUCCCACCUCACCAUUCCGCCAUCCUCCCUCUCAUUCACGCUCAUCUACUCCGUCUUGCUCCUACUGACUUUCAUUCCUCUUUAAAAAUGACAGGACACUAUUUCCAGAGAUGUAGCUUAAAACAGAAGAUUGGCAUCUGUUUCAUUCACUAACAUGCGAAUGGGCGGGGUUAAAAGUUGUACUGCAGCCAACCACUAGAGGGCUUCAGAGACAAUUUGGCUUCACUUUUGUAUCCCAAUCACAACAUCCACUCAUAUAUACAGUCAUUGGUUAUGACUGUAAAGACACAGUGACAAUGCAAAUGACACAGAACCAUCCGGAAUGUCAACAUUUACCUCAGAUGUGUAGAUAAAUUCCUAAGAAAAUGCUAAUAUUACACUGUAAUUAUGCUUAGAAUAAACCUCUAACCCAAGCUUUGUUGGCUCCUUCAUACUGUCUCACAGUUCAUGAAGAGAUUCACUGACGUUAUCUUAACUUGUUCUACUGUCACUAAACAGUAUACCAUUAGCAAAGUUACAAUUUGUUUUAAAAUGAUUAGCUGUUAGAUAGCUAGCUAAAGUUAGCCGGAGAAUCAUGAGCUAGGUUAGCUAGCCAGCUUUCUCCACACAUUAGCUAGCUAUGUGUUAGAUUAGACUGUUCAUGUGCUCUAGAUGAGUUAAUGAGUUUAACACCGAGUCGCUGACUGACGUGUCGGAUUCAGCUGAAGUGCUAGAACACGUUUCUGAAUAAUGACAUCUUUGAUUAGCCUGUUAGCUUUAAAUGUGUCGUUUUAAAACAACACAUCUCCCCUUGAUGGCUCAUGCACCUGAUAACAUCAUUAAACUCCAGGUCACAAGACUUUGGGUUUUUUAUUUUAAUUAUCAAACAAACAAACAAACGAAAGAGAAAAGUCUGAUGUUGUUUCACCACAGAAAACAGAGUCAGUGGCGUGUGUCACGUUUUGGAAAUUAGUUCUUGAGAACUAAUCAGUGUGAGUCUGUGGAGAUUCAGUAAUAUGUACUCUGUCGACUAUCUUGGGCCCUAAUAAGGAGAUACAUGCCUUCACACGCACACACACACACACACACGCACACACACGCACACACACACACACACACACACACACACACACACGGCUGCAGCUGAAAUCUCCACUCAUGGUCUUGUGUGUUUUUUUUGUAAAUGCUGCAUAUCUGCAAUAAAUCAGUUCCAAACUGUG